CACACCAUGGAGUCUCGUCUUCGGGCCACACAUCCUUUAUACAAAGUUAUUGUCUUGUGCGGUUUUCUGGGGUUCCUAGUUUACUUCACUCAGCUUAAUAAUGAAUUUUCAGAUUUGGAAUUGAAGGAAUCCGUUCCUCUGCCAAAAGAGACCCAGAAAUACUAUGUGAAAACAUCCAAAUGUCAUAUUCCCUACGUGGACCCUUUCACUUCUGAAGUUAUGGAGUUUUAUAGCCCCGAGACCCUGGUGACCUGCACCAAUGAUAGUGAUCUGGUGUCUACGGAAUAUAACCUAAAGAUCCAGAGAUAUAUUUUGCGGAUCGACGAGGAAGUUGCUAUGGACUUGAUGAACAACACGGAUGUGGAGUACAAUUGCUUUUACCGGGAGGUUGAGUACGGCAGUGAGGCAGACACCUUUGACAAACUCGGGUCCAAUAAGUAUUUCUCGGAUGGAUAUGUAGUACCCACACAUGUUGAGGGUAUUGUGGUUGAGUGCCGAACCGCGGAUGAGCCUUCAAUACUCCUUCAAAAGGAUGCAUUUACAUUUGUGCAGUAUGAGCCACUGCCCAAGGAUAUGAAGAAGAAACAUGGAGUGCGGAAACCUAGUGUCAUUAUGUACGGCAUCGAUUCACUUUCUAGGAUAAACCUCAGAAGAACUAUGCCCAAGGUUUUCAAGUUCCUUCAAGGUGAGGGAUGGUACGAAAUGCAGGGAUACAAUAAGAUUGGUGACAAUUCUUUUCCAAAUAUAUUCGCCAUUCUCAGUGGCUAUUCGGCCGAAACAGCAAAAGAGCAAAUUUGUGAUACUGAUACAGAAGGUUGUUUUGACAAAAUGCCCAUGAUAUGGAAGUACUUCAAAAAUGCCAGCUAUUUGACAGGUUACGCUGAAGAUGAAAGUGGCUCAAAUCAUUUCAGCUACUUGAAGCCGGGCUUUCAGAAAAAGCCAGUGGAUUUCUACUUCCGACCUCUUUUGAAGGCCCUGGAGACCAAGUUGGAUAUUUACCGGAUACCCCAGCAUGAUUAUAUGCGAUAUUGCUUGGGCCGCCGUAUAGCGAAUCGUUAUAUUUACGACUAUGGACGCAUGUUCACCGAAAGGUUUGUCCACGAACGUCCCAUCUGGGGAAUGUUCUGGUCGAGUCACUUCAGCCAUGACGAUCCUUUUAUGCCCUCCGCCAUGCAGGACAAGAUCCUGGGUGAUUUCUUGGACCUGAAGUCGGCUGGUGCUCUGGAGGAGACGAUUAUGAUUUUUUUCGCCGAUCAUGGAGUCAGAUACGGACGUCUGACCAGGCUGAAGGAAGGCUUCCUGGAGGAGCGACUUCCCAUGAUGUUCAUUUAUCUACCUCCCUGGUUUCGGGUGGCGUAUCCUUCUUUUGUCCGGGCACUGAAGAUCAACCAGCACCGGCUGUGCUCCAACUUCGAUAUCCACAAUACUCUGAAACACAUCAUUGAGCUGGGAGGAACUCCGGAUGGACCGGUGUUGCCCAAGGCCUUCGACUGCCCCACCUGCCAGUCCCUGUUCCAUGUCCUUCCGGAGGAUCGCACCUGCGCCCAGGCGGCCAUCGACGAUCACUGGUGCACCUGCGAACCCUACAUCCCCAUUUCUAACCAGGCCUGGACAGAUCAGAUAUCGCACAGUGUCAUCGAUCGGAUGAACGAGUAUUUCGUGGCCAAGGGUCUAUCCGCACUCUGCUCUAACCUGACCCUAUACUAUGUCAUUAAGACAGAGAUCAGAACUGGAGUGGACGUUAAAUGGCACGACGAUCAACUGCCAGAGCUGGAGAAGGCCGUAUACAGGGUCAAGUUCAAAGUGAAACAAAAUAGCGCCGACUUUCAAGCCACUGUCGUCUACAAUAAUGUCACCCAGACCUCGGAAGUAAAUGUGGAGCAAAUCAGUCGAACAAACUCGUACCGCGAAGACUCCACCUGCAUCGAGGACAAGCUAGCGAAGUUGUACUGUAUUUGCUUCAGUGACCUCAAAUCCUGACAAUCUCGUUUGAACACCACCGAUUUGCUACUCUUAGUUAUUCCUAUUUAUUUGUAGCUAUCUAGCAUUAAGUAGAUAUUGAAUUUAAAAAAAGGAAUCCUAAUAAGAUGAUGUUUCCCAACUAGA